AGCAUUUUGCAACUCAAGGGCAACAGUUUUCAAGGCCAUGCUUGCCAUUUCGCUCUGCCUUUUGCCUUUGGCUCUGGCCAUAUGCCAGGACUGUGACACCGAAGUUGUGAAUCUCCUGACUUGGCAUCGCGGUCAUCGUGCUUCCCGGCACCAUCGCGGGGGCCAUUAUGAUGGCCGCAAACACUUUAGGCGGCAGGGUGGGGACCGCGGUCGUAAACACACCAAGCGGCGCAGAAGAGGUGGCGGCGGCGGCGGCGGCAACAACGAUGACACACCGAGUGUCGACACUAGCGAUUCGGGCUACGUGCCAUGUACCUACAACAAGACCUAUGGCUAUCCUGAUGGUGUUGUUCAAGUUGCUCUGGACUCCACCGGGACUCCUUUGACGGAGUUGGACUCGAGAUGUGACAUGCUGGAAAAUUCACUUGGCCAACCACAACCAAUGAUGACCACAGACCUGGGAUGAUCACAAAGGCGUAAUGGGAGGAAACCGUCUGGAAAUCUGAUCGGUCCUUUUCGAGGAGGCCAUUCUGAAAUUGAGUUGUUGGUCCACUCCCCUGAUUCUUGGAAUGCAGUUUAGGCCGAUUUGGGAUCGUUGGCCAAGUAAGGCAGUUCUAAUGCUGUCUCCUAUGUGGAUGACAGCGAGGAGGCAAGCUGCGUCUUGGCUUACCACUAUGUGGAUGACCCUCACCAUCCAUGCCUUGAACCUCCAGAUUGCAAACACCUAUGUUCCAGACUUGCUAAACAGACAGUUUUCAUACUUGUAAGCAGAAGGGUUUUCAACUUAGGCCCUGGAUCCUCCACAUGGUUGGUUUACCAUGAGCAUUUUUCUUUAACCGCUUGGGAUGUCUUUGUGAGGUUGUUGUGGGGGUGCCUUUUGUUCUGUUUCGGUGGCAUGGUGGCACCCAAAGAAGUUUAAGCGUUUGAGCACCAUCUUUGGGGGCAACUCAGCUGGGUAUUGCAAGUUCAAGGCAGCCAGCUAAGGCAUUCUGAACAGCCCUGGAGAUUACUAUGACUAUGGCAACUGGGAUGCUGAAUCGGCCUGCCCCUACCCCGCUGGUGCCACGGAGUAUCCGACCGUCACGACACGAGCGCCGCUUGUCUUCACAUAUGCCAUACCAAAAUUGUGAGGGGCGUCAGUUGGCUGGAAAGCCUUAGCCAUCAGGGGAUCUCGAGUGGUAGGAAGAAGCUCCUUUUGAGGUCGUGUCUCCCAAAAGUCUGCCCAUAGUGAACUAAUUUGGAACUUUUGGAAUGGUUUUCUUUGUUGAAGAUACUGUAUAUGUUUCCACAGGCACAAUUUCCUACCUAUAUAGUAAGGAUUAAGCAAAUAGUUGGUAUGAAAUCGUUUUAUCAAGCGCAGCCGAACUCAGUCCAGCAAAGGCCUACGCGUCAACAGUUUCGCCUAGUGGAUUGGAUGAUAGUAGUGCAGCGAAAGGAGGAAACACAUUGUUACGAAAGCCGGACGAGAGGCUAGGCUUAAGUGCUAGAUGGGUGAACAAACUGAGUGAGUAUUUCGGGGGUUAUACAGGGGGACAGCCAGUGACCCAAACCUGCCGGGGGAGAGCGAGCAAAGGGGGUGUCCAAAAUGCACCUCAACAAGGGCCUUGGUGAUGCGAGUGAUGCCGAAGAGGUUCGAGAGAUCCUCUUCAAGUGUGGCUUUGCAGCAGACUUGUCAGACAAGUCCAUGGUGCAACUGGGCAAACAAGCCAGCACCAACAGUUUUCCAAAUUUUUUGGAUUCAGAAACAUAGAGGGUGACCCCACCUGAUCCAGUGGAAGUGGAAGGCCCACAUAUCUCCUGGAUGUCCUUCUUGCGUGGCUUUUCUUACACCAAGCGUUUGCGACCCGAAAAGACCGCGUGAUGUGCGCGACGUGCGCGCGGGCGAAAGAGGAUAAGGAGUGGCCAUGAUACCACUCAAGUGGACAGCAUCAUGUCCAGUAAGGCCAACUGGAGGUACUGUAGCACCAAGUUCUCCCACAAAAGACCUUAAGCAUGAAGCAUGAGUCUUUCUGCCCGGCCCUUUGCGCCUUGUUUCAAGGCUGUCUCGGGGCAGAAAAGGUCACCUCUGAAAAGCGGGCUCUAGCAAUAAGACCCGUGACAAAGCAGGACAUGGCAGAGGCAUCUUCCAGCACAUACAUUGAUUGAAUCUUGCGC